UCUGCGCUUCUCCACGUUUACAAGGGUAGGUCUCUUGUCAACUCUUUGCAAACCCUGCCUUUGAUCUCAGCAUCUGUGGGCCCUGCAGCAGGAGCAGUCCCAGAGUCAUGGAGGAACUAGCCCGGGAGAGCAUCAGCCUGCUGGCCCGCUCUGCAUCCCACGCAGAUCCUCCACGGCUCGGUUCGUACGGAGCUGUGUUCAUCAUGCUGAAGUCUGCACUGGGAGCCGGACUUCUCAACUUUCCCUGGGCCUUUGAGAAGGCAGGGGGGGUGACCACGGCCAUCAGUGUGGAGCUGGUGUCUCUAGUGUUCCUCAUCAGUGGUCUGGUCAUCCUUGGCUACGCAUCGUCUGUCAGCAGACAAAAGACGUAUCAGGAUGUUGUGAGGGAGGUGUGCGGACGAGCCGUGGGGCAGCUCUGUGAAGUCUGUUUCUGCUUCAACCUCUUCAUGAUAAGUGUUGCCUUUCUUGUGGUGGUGCAGGACCAGCUGGAGAAGUUGUGUGUUUCUUUAUAUGAGACGGUGACUGGGUUGAGUGAGUCUGAAGUACCUCAUCACUGGUACACUGACCAGCGUUUCGCCCUUUUCAUCAUGUGCCUACUCAUCAUCUUGCCAUUGUCCAUUCCUAAAGAAAUUGGCAUUCAGAAAUACACAAGUGUAUUGGGGACCCUGGCUGCGACCUAUCUGUGUGUGGCAGUUAUUGUCAAGUAUUACUUGAUGGACACUCAUGCAGCUAUAAUAACUCCAGAACACAUCCAGGGUGUGAGUUCAUGGGCAUCCAUGUUCAGUGUUGUGCCAACUAUUUGCUUUGGUUUCCAGUGUCACGAAGCGUGUAUAGCAAUCUAUAGCAGCAUGGAAAACCAGAAGCUCUGUCACUGGGUGGUUAUUUCUGUGCUCUCCAUGCUCUUCUGUCUGCUCAUCUACACUCUCACAGGUGUUUACGGCUACAUGACAUUUGGGCAAGCAGUCGCUUCUGACAUUCUGAUGUCAUAUCAAGGCAACGAUGUGGUGAUGAUCAUUUCCAGACUUCUUUUUGGAAUAUCAAUAGUCACCAUCUAUCCCAUCAUCCUUCUUCUUGGGAGAUCUGUGAUCCUUAACCUGAUGUUGCGAGCUCAGAGAAGUAGAAGAGGGCUUGUCACACACUCCUUUGAGAGUCGCUGCAGAGUUGUUCUGACUGUGGCCUGGAUCACAUCCACUCUGCUCAUUGCCAUGUUUGUCCCUGACAUGGCUGACGUCAUCAGCGUCAUUGGAGGAAUCAGCGCCUUCUUCAUUUUUAUCUUUCCUGGCCUUUGCUUAAUCUUUACAAUGCAAACGGAAGAUGUCUCUUUAAGAGUUAGGAGGAGUUUAACAGUUUGGGGAGUCAUGACCAUCGUAGUUGGUGUCUUUAUCUUUGGACAGAGCACCACGAUUGCUGUGAUGGAAAUCAUCCACAAAUUCUGAAUGCUUUUAACUGCAGCAGCAGUUGAAUGACGUUGUGUCUCCAUUUUGCCUUUUUGUUAAACUUUAGCCGAUUAAAAAAACAAGUCACACAACAUUUGAACUGUUACAUGAUAUUUCUGUGUUAAAGAUGUAUUGUAAAUAAAAGGUAAACAGAUA